AUGAUGCAGACUCAGAGGACUCUUGAAAACCAGCAAUCGCUGAUGCAGUCGGGCCAGAUUUCGGGGAGUUUGAGCUUCAACGGGACGCUGACGAAGGAGGACGAGGAGAUGUCGAAGUCUGCGCUGUCGACGUUCAGGGCCAAGGAGGAGGAGAUCGAGAAGAAGAAGAUGGAGGUCAAGGAGAAGGUCCAGGCUCAGCUGGGUCGGAUUGAGGAGGAGACUAAGCGAUUGGCUACUAUUCGAGAGGAAUUAGAAGCACUUGCAGACCCGAUGAAGAAAGAAGUAUCUGCUGUUCGUAAGAAAAUCGAUGCGGUUAACAAGGAUUUGAAGCCACUCGGGCAGACUUGCCAGAAGAAGGAACGGGAGUACAAAGAAGCACUCGAAGCUUUCAAUGAAAAGAACAAAGAGAAGGUUCAACUGAUUACUAGAUUGAUGGAGCUGGUGAGCGAAAGCGAGAGGUUGAGGCUGAAGAAACUGGAAGAGUUGAGCAAGAACAUAGAGACGAUACACAUAGCUUAA